UCCAUCGGCAAUGGUGACGAAGGAGCUUCAAAACGACGGCAUCCAGUGUUAAGAUGAGAACAACAAUCAGAACGGAGGUAAUCAGAGAAGAAGAGUUUGGGAAGACGAUCGGGCAACGAAUCAAGUGGUGGUGAUGAACGAGUCUCGAAACGACGGGUUACUGACUGGUGAUGAUAACGAUCCACGCCUCCAUCCUCUUUCACUGAGCUUGCGACCACCAACGUCGUACUCCCCUCAGAUAGCGCCGGUGCGUCGUCUGGCACCAUCAUCGCAUGCUGCUCCUCCGCUGAUGAUGCAAACAUGGCCGCGAUUCCCUUCAUCUCAGCCUUAUUUCACGACAUUACCUCCGUCGUAUCUAUUCUCAUCGUCGCUCAGCUACUCUCCAUACCAGACACUGUCUCGAGAAUCGUUGACACCAAUUCAGCCACCGUACACACCGUCGUUUGAUUUCCUCCCUCCGGAAAGACCAGUCACCGCGGUUGAGUCACGACGGAGUUACAGAUCGCAAUCAAGCCGGAAAAGACGAUACAAUCCCCCCCACCGUAUCCCUGGGCAACCAACAAACGUGGAAGGAUACAAAAUUUGUGGAGCUUACGAAGACGACAGAGAUUCUUAUUUUCGAGCUGUGUUGGUAUUUCUCGGAUACUUGGGAGCAGUUUCGGAUCAAUGGAAGUCAUACCUCAAGAGCGUGGGAAUUGAUUGGUGGUAUUUAAGAAAACACUAUGGAUCGAGAGCUGUCUAUGGAGGUUUUGUUGCUACACUGAAGAAACUCAAACUCUGUGUUGAUUAAUGUAGUUCCCUCAAACUUAUGACCUUCAUGCUGAUUCAUCUAUUCUCAUCACCGAAGAAGAGUCUUGGACAGAGAGAUGACAAAACUAAGCAAUGCAGCCACUUUGGAUUUUGUGGAGAUGUGUGGCGAUGGAGGACCAAAGCUACAAAGCUGCCUUGAAGUGCUAAGUGGCAAGG